AUGGAUGACUAUACACUAGGAGAGCUGAGACACAUCCUGACGACAGUUUUCCUAUCGGGAUUCGCCGACAUCUUGCUGAAGCCAGUGAUGACUGACGUCACCGUCGCCGCGGUUUGCUCCGGUCCAAAAGACUCAUGUUCUCUCGCCGUGUACCUCACCGGAGUACAACAAGUGACAGUAGGACUAGGGACAAUGGUAAUGAUGCCAGUGAUUGGGAAUCUAUCAGACCGAUACGGAAUCAAAGCAUUGCUCACUAUACCUAUGUGCCUCUCUAUUCUCCCUCCAGUGAUAUUAGGGUAUAGAAGGGAUACCAAUUUCUUCUAUGCAUAUUAUAUAACCAAGACUCUCUUUGAUAUGGUAUGCGAAGGAACCGUUGACUGUCUUGCUCAUGCUUAUGUCGCAAAAAAUGUUCAUGGUAGACAAAGAAUAUCAAUGUUUGGAGUUUUAGCCGGCGUUAGAACAGUUUCAGGUGUUUGUGCAACAUUCUCAGCUCGUUUCUUACCCAUAGCUUCGGCUUUUCAGGUUUCAGCUGUAUCACUAUUGAUUGGUCUAGUGUACAUGAGAAUUUUCCUAAAAGAGAGAUUACACAGCAAUAAUGAUGACGAAGAUGAUAGUGUUGAUCUAAAGAUGAGAGUUGAGCCGAGUCUAAUUAGAGACGCACCAACUAAAACACAUGUCUUCAACACUAAGUACUCCUCUCUCAAAGAUAUGAUAAGCUUGAUAAAGAAUAGCACCAUACUUAUUCAAGCAUUGGUUGUUACAUUCUUUGCUACCUUCUCGCAAAGUGGAAUGCACUCAGCUUUCUUGUAUUUUCUGAAAGCCCGAUUUGGGUUCACAAAAAAUGACUUUGCCGAGCUCUUGCUUUUGGUUACCAUCAUUGGCUCCAUCUCUCAGCUGUUUAUAUUGCCGAUAUUGGUUUCUGCCAUUGGAGAACGUAAAGUGUUAUCAACCGGGCUUCUUAUGGAAUUUUUCAAUGCAGCUUGUCUAAGUGUUGCAUGGUCAGCCUGGGUUCCUUAUGCCACAACCGUGCUUGUACCCGGAGCAAUGUUCAUAAUGCCAUCAGUUUGUGGUAUUGCCUCAAAACAAGUUGGAUCCAGUGAACAGGGCAAAGUCCAAGGAUGUAUCUCCGGGGUAAAGGCUUUUGCUGGAGUUAUGGCUCCAUUUGUAUAUAGCCCAUUGACAGCGUUGUUUCUAUCGGAUAAUGCACCAUUCUAUUUCCCUGGAUUCAGCCUUCUAUGCGUCGCAUUCUCUGUGAUGAUUGGAUUCAUUCAAAGUCUUCUGAUUAAAGACCAUUCUUCUCUGCCGUAAGUAAACAUCAGAAUCAACAACACUUCAAAAUCAGAAGCUUGAUAAGAGAUAUCAACUUGUUUCGAGAGAUUAUUUUUGUUACAUGCCGUCGUUUACUUGUCGUGAUACAAAACUUCUAAACUAGAUUUAU